AUGGGAUUUAUUAGCCAGCGUGUCUACUCACCUGCCUUGGCGGUUCUGUUCAAGCGCCUGGAGAACCUCAAUCAGUUACGGAAAGUUCGCACUGUUCAUGCCGCCAUUGAGGAGCUCUGUCGCGGACGCCAACUGCCAGCAGCUUACAGUCUUCGCGAUUGGGCUCAUCAACUGGGGCUCUCUCUCCUGCCCCAGACUUCGGAAAUUCUAGCCGGCUCAAGCGUAUUUACUGACUCGGCUCAGCCAAUCACGGAAGACCAGUUGAAACCACAACACAUUUACCUCCAUUCCGCCGUCGAUCUGAGCCUGUUAUCAAAGUUGCAAGAAAUUGCCAAACUGCCACCGGCGAACGCGCAAAAGGUCUGCAGUGAAGUAGCCCAGUUGCUUUGUGAUCAUAGCCUGAUUUCCGACGUGGAUCGUAUUUCGCAGAGUAUGCGACCGCUGCAAUUCAAGCGAUUGCUUUUUUCCUUCUGGACGCUGGUCGGCCAGUCCCUCCAAAUGCCAAAUUCCUGUCUGGCGGACGAGGUGAGCUGGAAUCGCAUUGCUUCCAGCAUGAUAAAUCUGGCUGGACCGGUUGGUAGUACCGCUGUGCUUAACUGGGUUUCCUGUCUACUGGACCCUCAAAGGGCAGCUAGCCUGAUGCUGGCAGGUCUUGCAUGCGAAAAAUCGAGUGCCGCAUUCAUUAAUCAUCUACGGGAUCACCCCUCAGACGUUUUUAAUGUGCCAACCAGUCCGGUUUUUGCCACCCUGACUGAGGAUCAGCAGAAAACAGUUGCCCAAAGUUUAAAGGCUCUCGACCAACAGCAUGUGCUAAACUUGUCAAAGGCCCUGCAGGCGGACGACUCAAAAGGUGUUCUGGGGUGCGUGGAAGCAAUGCUUCUGAUCGGCCUACCACCAAUUGGCGUUGCCGGCAUCUACAAGAAAAGUUGUGGGUACGUAUGGUGGCUGAUGUGUAUGGACAUGAGAGCCGAAAGACCUUGCAGCGUUGGCGACGAACCUGAAUCGUUUAAAGCGCUAUUAGUGUGUGCUCACGUCAGUGAACUAGUAGGUGGGAGGAACGACGGAACAUGCGGGUAG